UUUUUCCCAAUUCUUUACAGCCCACCAGAGGCUGUGAAUGGUAGACAACUCAUCGUAUUUCGUUCCACUGGCGAGUAUCACGCCAGUCAGAGUGUGGGGAGGCUGAGCAGAGCGCACAGCUACAGUCAGCGAUCCUCAGAUGUCAUGUAAAGUAACUGGCAGAACAGUGGAAAUUUUUAUAUGAGAGGAUGAUGACUGUGCUUUAAAAGCACUGAAAUACGCGCGAUUCUUUUUUUUUAAAUUUUUUAUUAUUCAUAGGAUUUCAUGUGCGCGCUAAAGUGGCCAUGGCGCAUUUUACGCACUGCAGGUAACCAGUGUUUUGGAGUCUAAUACAAUCAAAAGCAUGGAUUAAACUGCAAGGAUUUUUUCCCACUUUCUUCAGCAGAGCUGAAAUGGCGGCACUUCGUAGAAAAUUUGGCGAAGACUAUCAGGUGGUUAACACAAAUCGGGCUUCAUCUUUUUCUGCUCCGGUCAAGAAGAAACGCCAGCGUUUCGUGGAGAAGAACGGUCGCUGCAAUGUGCAGCACGGAAACCUCGGUGGAGAGACCAGCAGGUACCUCUCUGACCUGUUCACCACUUUGGUAGACCUAAAGUGGCGAUGGAACCUACUGAUCUUCAUCCUAACUUACACCAUCGCAUGGCUGGUCAUGGCAUCGAUGUGGUGGGUCAUUGCGUACAUCAGAGGAGAUUUAAAUCAUGGCCACGACUCAUCCUACACCCCCUGUGUGGCCAAUGUUUACAACUUCCCCUCAGCUUUUCUGUUCUUCAUCGAGACUGAGGCCACAAUUGGUUACGGCUACCGGUACAUUACGGAGAAGUGUCCGGAGGGCAUCAUCCUUUUCUUGUUCCAAUCGCUGCUGGGCUCCAUAGUGGACGCUUUUCUCAUCGGUUGUAUGUUCAUAAAAAUGUCCCAACCCAAGAAACGCGCAGAAACGCUCAUGUUCAGUCAGGACGCGGUGAUUUCUCUGCGAGACGGCAAACUAUGCCUCAUGUUCCGUGUGGGCAACCUGCGGAACAGCCACAUGGUGUCCGCACAGAUCAGGUGCAAGCUUAUAAAGUCUCGUCAGACACCCGAGGGCGAGUUCCUGCCUCUGGACCAGUGCGAAUUGGAUGUGGGCUUUGGAACGGGUGCAGACCAGCUCUUUCUGGUAUCCCCUCUCACCAUUUGUCAUGAAAUUAAUCCCAAGAGCCCCUUUUUCGACCUAUCCCAGCGCUCUCUCAUGAGCGAACAGUUUGAAAUUGUCGUUAUCCUCGAGGGCAUCGUUGAAACCACCGCCGUGCUUCUAGGCAUCCCCCCAUAACCCUGCCUGUGUCACUGUUGUAGGAGAAACCAUGGAGCUGAAUAGGCUUAGAGCAGAAGGGAAGGAUCAGCGGGAAGCGAGAAGCCAGGCAGGCAACACGGCUGUGCUCUGUUGAUAACACCAUUAAAUCAGGGUGCAGCUAGAAGUCUAGUGUCGCAGUGCACAGCACUCGGAGCUGAGGAGUAGAAGAGGGAAGCCCUGGAAGUGUCACCUACAAUUGUUCACAAUAUGCUGUCAACUGUAUGGAAAAGGAAUGCUUAAAAAUAAUAACAACAAUAAAAAUAAGCAUAUUUUUUAAAAUGUCAUUUCCAUAUGUGCAUCUUCACACUAACCCACAUCCCAUUAACCCAAACACAUUAACAGCUUCCCGGUACAUCCAGCUGCUGCUGACACAGCUGUUCAGCUUGUUGAUUGUCUCUCCUACUCAUUCCAUUUGUUUCAACCAGACUUGACAGAUUACCAUGCAGUGGCUCUAAUUCUUGUCAGUUUUAGUUUGUGUCUUCAAGCCAUUUUUUUCCCGUUUUCAACAAUGUGACAAAACUACUUGAUUUCAUUGCUGAUAAAAAAAAUUUCUGACAGCUAAAAUCAAUUCCAAGCUUUCAUUUAGAUCUGAUUUUAAACAACGAGUUAUAGUUAGUUUCUUCUAAAGAGAAAGUAAUGCAUAUUUCUAUCCAAAUUGGAUAAAUAUGCAUUAAGAUAUUUAAACCUAACAGGACAGCCUGCCAGGCUUGAUGUGAAAUACACCCAAUAAUUAUAUCUAGUCCCAAAAUUUGGGCAGUAAAACCAAACACAAAUAGAAAUGCAACAGGAGACAUCUCAGCACAUGUAACAGAAAUGUGUAGCAAUAGAACAGGAUCACAUGGGUUGUCAUUUGAACCCAGCACUACACAAAAUCCAUGCUGGUAUUGACUUUGGCAACCUAAUGAGAUGAAAACUAAGAAUGGCAGAAUUUGUUAGCUCUAUAUAAAAUAGAAACUAUAAAACUAAAGGGCAGUCAACAUGGCAUGAGAUUUUUUUUGUUUGUCUUUUUAUUGGUAUAUUGACUCCAUCUUUAGGCUGCCCUUUGACGAUAUGCAGAUGACGUGCUAUGUAAAUUUGCUAACCCUAACAUAACACUCAGCAAAUGAUGUUGAUGUACUCUCUAACCUCUGCCAGUGUCAGGAAUUUUACAUAAAGUCUUGAUGUGCCGAGGGCUUUUAUUUUUAUGCAAAAAGCAGUAGACAUGAACCAGAAUACCUAAAGUAUGAUUAAAUGAUGAACUUUGACUAGCAUGCCUGUCAGACUCGACCCCAAAGCUUCCAUUGCAUUGAUAUUACCGUUGUCUUGUGCAACUAUAAUCAACAGAAGUUCAGUUAUUUGCUGGUACGAGAGGAGAAAAUGUUGGAAAAUUAUCCUAAACUUGCAACUGCAAUUAAAGCUGAGCCUUAAGGCAAUUAGAAAAAAAUAAUGCAGAAAUGGUGAAGAGUUUCUGUGGAUGAAGAUGAGUCGUGUGCCUGGAAUAGCAUCAGGUUAUGACAUAACACAGAACAUAUCAUCCCUCAGAGGGACUGGAUCAGACUCCUACUCUUUAGCCAACUGUAGUGUUUCAUAGAAGAGCUCAGGUUGUAGCAAAACCAUUGGAUCAGAAAGAAAACUCAAACUAAGUGAUUAUUGAUCACAAAUGACCUCCAACAAACAUCCAAAUGUCAAGAAAAUUACUUUACAAGCCUGAGGUCAAACGGAAGACGUGUACACAAAGCAGACACACAGGCACCCACCUUACUAGAAAUCUUUGCUUAAUACAUCAUCUAUAAUUUAGGCCCUCCACCAGAGCAUGAUGAAAACUGAUGCCAGUUUACCAACAGAUGAUUUUCUUCUAGCUGGCCGAAGACUGAAGCUGCAAUCAACACAGAGAGUUAAAUAAAGACAAGUAAAGACAGAACACAUGCCAUGUUGUUCUGAUGUAAGAGCAUCACGAUGAUCAGAUUUAAAUGAACAAUUAUCACAACCAGCUUUGCCUAAACCAUCUGCCAACUUUAGCUACCAUUAAUGGAAGAAAAUGUGAAAAUAAUUUACCAGAUCAAGGAAAGAUAAACUUACACAGCUUAUGAAAUCCAGGAAAGAAAUAAUAUACCAUGCAGAGGUUUCUUUUUUUUGCCAAUUCAUAGAUGAUUUUCAUCUCCCAUAUCCCAUUACAGUACAUCAGUAUUGGAACAUGGCAUGCUUUGAAAAUAAAAAUAUUAAGGUGUAAAAGCCUCUUUUUACUUUUAUGAACUGGGAAAUGCAAUAGCCCUUUUGUGUGGGUUUACUUUAAAGCUUCUAGUAUGUGACUAAACUGAACUGGAUAAUCACGCAGAGCGAAGCAUGAAGCUGUCAUCACAAGAAAUAAAGGAGAGGGAAAAGAGAUAGCAGCCAGUGAUGCUGAUCCUUCAGAUUCCUCGUUAUCAGCUUAUAAUUGUUUUGCUGGAACCUCAUUUAAUAGCAGGUAUUAAAAUGAUUACUGCCGUCACUCU